CCCAUCCGUGUUGUCAUCAAAACAAAAAUUCCGAGAAAAUAAAUAAAAUAAAACCCUUUCACUCCCUCAUCGCAGCCAUAUCUCGACCAGCGCACAUCCCUGCCGCGAGACUCCUCUUUUGUUGUUCACACCUUUUUUUGAUUCAUACAUUCUCUGAUCGGAGCAAUUGACGGUGGUAACCUGUAUCGCUACGUUGACAACGUCGUUACAUUGUCAUUGCCAAUUUGCCAUUGCAUUGCACCAAGUUUCUGAUUUGAAGUUGGAACUUAAAGAAGAAGAAAAUGCAGCAAAGAAACUCAACGUUGGGAAGGCCUUCUGGAACUGAUGGAUCUGAUUAUUCCUACCGGAUGGUAGUUGAUUCAAGGUAUCAACUUGUUGCAAAGGGGAAGAAACGCCUCUCUGUGUUAUUUAUCAUUGAGGCUUUGUUUUUGUUAAUAGGAGUCAUAUUUGCAGUUUUAAAAGGACAAAAAGAUGACACAACAAAUACAGUUGCCAUUUCUUCUCUUAUAGCUAGUUUUAUUUUGUUGAUCAUUGCGGAUUUUGGUAGAAGACGAAGCCGGUCGAGCUUCUUGAGAUUAUACGCCGUUCUAUCUUCCUUAGCAAUGCUUCUCUUCACUGGUUCUCUUGCUAACCAGUAUUCCCUGCUAAAGGUUAUCCAAUAUUUUGGUAAUCGGGGAACGGGCAGUUUUGAUACUGUUUUUCCUAGUCUUCAAACUGGUCUGUUAGUAUAUAUACUCACUUUAUCAGUGUUCAAAAUUAGUAUCAUCAAAGCGGUUGUUUUCCUUCUUUUUAACAUGACGCCUCCGAAGAAAGCCGCGUAGCCUCAAAGUUUCCCUUCCCAAUUGAUCUGUAUGAAUGUAUUUUUUUUAGUGAUUGAAAGAGAGUCUGACUUAAGCUGAUGUAUAUUUUUUUCCUGCAAAUCAUUUUAAAGACAUCUGCUGUGUUUAUGCAAAUUUUCGUUAAAUUGAUGUAAAAUUGUUGUUUUGGUAUAUACUCUCUUGAUCUGAAAAUACAAAAAUAUGCUUGUCAGCGUCAUGUCACAAUGACAUUGAUGUGUCCUAGCAUUUCAUUUCA